GGUCCUCUUCUAUACUGAAAAACACUCAUUCCUCCAUCAUUCGAUCUCGAAUUCCACCCGCUCCCAUACUUCCAUGGACACCGAGAUCACGCAGGAGACGGCGGCGCCAGCGGCGGCGGCGGCGGACGUCGAUAUCAUCAGCGACCUCACCAACGACGUGCUGCUGAUAAUCCUCGGCCUCUUGCCGGCGGCGAGGGACGUGGUGCGCACCUCCGCGCUGUCGACGCGGUGGCGCCACCUCUGGACCCGCGCCCCGGCGCUCCGCUUCGACGUCGGCCCGCGCAGCUGGCGGCUAGGUGGGUGUGGAGCCACCGACGAGGCCGCCGCCGCCGCCCGCCUCGUCGAGGCGGUGGACUCCGUCCUCGCCAGGCGCGAGGGCGGCGCCGACGUGAAGGACCUGGAGAUCAACCUCGUCCACCACCGCUCCGAUGGCGGCGACAGGCCGCCCAUGUGCCACCACUACGCCGCCAUGUUCGUCUCCUCCCCUUCACCUUCACGGCACCGGGAGGAGCCGCGGUGCGACCUCCUCGCCGUGCCCCUGGACGUCGUCACGCCGGCGCGCGUCGCCGCGUGGCUCCGCUUCGCCGAGCGCCGCGUCGCGGGGUCGUUCUCUCUCAGGCUGCCCGCGCUGUCGAGGAGGAUCGCGGCCGCCGGAUCUCCCCCCGCCGUCCUCCCUUGCUCCGAGAGGCUCCACACCAUGCGCCUCGCGCUCGGCGGCGCGGCCCUCGCCGUCCCAGACGCCGUCGCUGCCGCCGCCUACCGCUCUCUUACCGACCUGCUGCUCAGCAAAGUCUCCCUCGACGACGACGGCGACGACCUCCGCCUCUGCAGCCUCCUCUCCUCCGCCAGCUGCCCUAACAUGCGGAGGCUGGAGCUCAGCGACAUCGACGGCCUGAUCAACCUCCGCCUCGACGCCGCCGCGACGCUCGAGGUGCUCCGCCUCAUCGGCCUCCGCCACAUGGAGCAGAUGGAGGUGGACGCGCCGGGCCUCCGGGAGCUUGUCCUCAAGCGCAUCUACGCCCACCUGAUGGCGGCGGCGUCGGCGUCGUCGGUGAGGAUCGCCGCGCCGGGGCUGCAGGCGCUGACGUACGAGUACGACUACGCGUGCUGGGGCGGCGCCUUCCCCAUGGUGCUCGACGGCGAGCGCACCGCGAAGCUCCAGGUGCUGUCCCAUGGCGUCCCCGACAAGGACAACAACGGCGCGGCGGCGUGGUUUCUGCAGCACUGCGCCGCCGCGAAUCGCCUCGACGUCGUACUGAAGAUGGAAUUUGAUGAGGAGAAGAUGGAAGAGGAUAUUGAGGAUCUGAUCAAGGAUAUACCAGAAGUUCUUAAUAUAACCGACUUACGAAUAACGGUAGCCAUCUCCACGGGAACCGUGGAUACACAUGCAAUUGGCGCAAGCGUAACCAAGCUCAUUGCAAAGUUUAGAAGAAUUGAGUAUCUCUCCAUUGACAUAGACAAAAAGGCCGGUGAUUGUACAAAUUUUGACUGCAAAUGUGAGCAGCAUAAAGGCUGGAGCAACGAGAUGAUUCCACUAGAUCAUCUCCGGAUGGUAGACAUACGUGACUUCCUACCUUUCAAUGACCAAAUAGAACUCGUAUGUGCACUGAUUGCGAGUGCGCCGGCACUGGAGAAAAUGAUUGUAGCAUUGCACGAGUCAUAUGAAGAGACAAGAGAGCGUACAAAUAACAUGGAGGCGUAUUUAUGCAUUCCAAGCUGUGGUGGUCGUUGGACCCCUUGUGCUUGGAAUGGGGGUAAAUUUGGCAGUGCUACUAAAUAUGAGUGGAAACCAUGUAAGCGGAAGCGGUCAGAAGAAGGGGUGGAGAAGGUUUGAAAUGCCUUAUUACUGUUCGAUAUGAAAUACCUUUAUGAAAUGUAUGCAUGUAUCCUUGGAGUUGAUCUGUUAUACUCCCUCCAUUUCGAUAUGUAUGAUGUUACCGACAGAGUCGACAAACUUAAUAAUAUAGUGAUUUUACCAUUUUACCA